GUCAGAAGGUGGUUGGUUCGAUGCGCUCCAACUCGCGAGAGAACACCACCGUGGUCGCUACCAUCAGCGCUGAUUGUCACACCUGGGCACCAACCAUUAUCUUCAAAAGGCAACAACUUCAGGCCGAUUGGUUUGUAGAGCGAAUCGGCCCGGAGGGUGCGAAGUACACCUGAACGGAUUCUUCGUUCAUGUAUGGAAACGUAUUCAUCGCCUACUUGAAGAAUUUCCACAAGCAGCUCGGCGACCUAGGGUUGCUCGACGGAAAACCCCACAUUCUCUUGCUCGAUGGACAUGCAUCAUACGUGAGCGUGGAGGUAAUCAGGCUGGCCGUGAAUCUCAAAAUCAUCUUCUUCCAACUACCCUCCCACACGUCGCACAUCACCCAGCCCUUGGAUGUCGUCGCCUUCGGACGCUUUAAGAAAUCGGUUACCAGAGUUUUGGCGUCCUUCUACCACAACUCCGGCGGGUUGUUGCCGCUGAAACGCGACAUGCCCGGCGUGAUCGCGGAUGCUUGGAAAUUGAGCUUUACACCGGAGAUAAAUAAAUCAUCAUUCGCUGGGGCGGGCUUGUGGCCUGUGAACAAGGAGCGGGCGCUGGGCCGGCUGAAGGGCACAGCGAAGAAGAAAGAGCGGCGAGACGAGCGCCCACCCCUACAGGAUGUCCCCAUCGCCGCACUCAACGAGCAGCUGGAAAAAGACAUCGGAGAAAGGGCCCUCAGGGUGCUGAGUGGGCAAUGGCACACCGUCACGGGAAUCCGAGUAGGCACGGUGUUACUCGGUGGCCUCUUGACUCUGGGGGCCGCGGUGUUGGUCGUGGAGACGGGGUGGGAGCGCGUGGCCGGGUGGUGGGGCGCGACCGGGUGGCAGAAGGGACGACUUUGUCGGAACGUCGAUCAGCGCCCUCCGUGUCCAGGGUCGGACGACAGCGGACGCCGACACCCGUUGUCGACGUGUAGCCGUAUGGAUAUUUCUCACGUGUCCUGACAGGUUCAGAUUUGAAUCGAACACUCCCAAAUGGUCAUGAAGUUGUACCCGCAGUCGAUAUGCACUCUGUAGAACGUCGCAUGUGGUUCGUAGGCUAUGCGACGGUGAUUUUAGGGCGUGCCUGCACCGGGGGGGCAGGAUGCACAGGUUUUGAACCCAACCCGGGGAUGUCAUCGUUUUGUCCCCGGGUGACCUGUGUGCGUGUGUGUGUGUGUGUGUUUUUUUGCGAUAGAUGUUUUUCACAUGCUUACAGGUUCCCUCAGAAGCGCUGUUCACGGGGGUGCAAAGGUGUUUUGAAACUACAUUUGUUUUCAGCGUUAAUUCUUACCGUAGCGGCAAGCCUAAAUCAGGAAAAAGUAUCCUUAUUUGACCUUUAAUAUAUCAUCAGGUGUGCUCCAAUGGGCGUGGAAUUGUGCGUACAGUCGAAACAUACCCUGUAGAACGUGUGGUUCGUACCCUAUUUGAUGGUGACGUUCGUGCAUUCCAGUACCGGGGGGGGGAGGGAUGCACGGGCUUAGACCGAAAAUCCGGGGACGCGGUGGUUCUGUCCCCGGGGUGGCUUUUUUUUUCUGAACAUGUUUCUCACUCAUGUUUAAAGAUCCCCUCCAGAGGUUGUGUCGUGGGAAUGAAUGAGUAUUCUCAAUGGUGGAUACAGUUUGGCGGUGUUCAGCGUGAAUUCUUAACCGUUAGCGGCAUGCUAAAUCAGGAAAAAGGGUGUGUUUGGUAAGGUACAUACCGAGUCGUACCAGCGGUAUUAUACCUCCGGUAUACCGGACCGAGAUGUUCGGUACGUUCGGUAUGGACUUGAAUACCUUACCGAAGUGUUCGGUACGUUCGGUACGGACUUCAAUACCUUACCGAAAAUACCGGUACGUUCCGUAUGGACUUGAAUACCUUACCGAAGUUUUCGGUACGUUUGUUACAAAUACCAGCAUGUUCGGUACGGUACCGGUAUGGACUGCCAUACCAUACCGGGGAUGCUCGGUACGUUCGGUACGGACUUGAAUACCUCACCGAACGUACCGGUACGUUCGUUCGGUACAAAUACCGAGAUGUUCGGUACGGUACCGGUAUGAACUGUAUAUGUAUUUGACCAA